CACAGGAACAGCCAUCUUCUAGCCAACAAUACUCCGUGGAAACCAACGGUCAAACCGUGGUAGUCCACUGUGUCUCACUGUCUUUAUCCGUGGUAGUAUUUUACUGAAAAAUGAGUGACACUGAGGACAGACACUACGAAGCCCGGGGGUCUCGGUCCCCAUCUAAAUCGGAUCGCGGGAGUCCAGCUCGGGUCAGGUCGGAGAGCAGGUCUGGCUCCCCGAGCCCUUCACGGGCCUCCAAACGCUCUGAGUCCAGGUCCCGUUCUCGAUCCAAAUCAAGGUCUCGUUCCAGGCGGCACUCAAACCGCCGCUAUAGCCGCUCACGCUCUCGGUCCUAUUCCCAUCGCAGGAAGUCCCGCUCUCGUUCCUAUAGCCCAGAAUACCGCCGCAGGAGGAGCCAGAGCACUUCUCCAAUGUCAAACCGCCGCCGUCACACUGGCAGCAGGAGCCAUGACUUCAAAAAAGAAGCAUACAGUCAUGGCGGUGAUGCUGAUGUUAGGGCGAACCCAGACCCUAGCACAUGUUUGGGGGUAUUUGGAUUGAGCCUAUACACAACAGAACGCGACCUGAGGGAAGUGUUUUCACGGUAUGGUCCUCUGGCCGGGGUAAACGUGGUGUAUGACCAGCGGACAGGACGCUCCCGUGGCUUUGCAUUCGUAUACUUUGAGAGACUUGAGGAUUCCAAAGAGGCGAUGGAGCGAGCUAACGGUAUGGAGCUGGAUGGGAGGCGUAUCAGAGUGGAUUAUUCCAUUACCAAACGUCCUCAUACCCCCACACCGGGAAUUUACAUGGGUCGACCAACUCACAAUGGAGGCGGCAGUGGUGGUGGUGGCGGCGGUGGUGGGAGCAGCAGGAGGGGAAGAGACUCGUACUAUGACCGUGGCUAUGACCGUUAUGACAGAUAUGAGGAGUAUGACUACAGGUAUAGCCGCAGGCGAUCUCCAUCACCCUACUACAGUAGAUACAGAUCUCGCUCACGGUCUCGCUCUUACAGCCCACGACGAUACUAAAAAACCUCCUUCCAAGUUCAGCUUCCCUCCAGUAACUGAUGGUGUGCGAUUCAUCCAUGUGUUUCAGAGUGGAAACAUGCUUGAAUUAGCAUGUGUAUACCAACAGGACACUUGUUUACAUGCAAUAGAUGUCUUAAUUUUCUAGACGUUUUGGUGCAUCCAUGUCGAGUGUGAGAAAAGACCACUGAAACUGAUGGUUGUAUUAAUGCUGGUGCUUCAUUUUUUGACUGGCUUCUUAUAUUCUGCAUCCGUGAUUCCCAUUUCUAUCAAGUGAUAUUGAGAAUACAUGUGAUUGCUGUUACUGAUAGGAGUUUCAGGUAACUAUUGCCAGUUUACACCUAAAUUAGGAGGUAGGUUAUUGUUUUAAAAUUACAUAUCACUUGACUGAAAUUUACUGGUAAGUUAACAGGUAGAAUAGGGCUGUAAAAUGAAGCCUCCAGCAAACAGUGAUCAGGUCUUUGCUCACAUUCUACGUCAUGUUUUAGUAGAAUUUUAGUUUCUGCACUUUUACUACCAUGUACUAUGUUUUUUAUGUUAUUUCUUUGUAUGGAAAUAUAAAUAAUAUAUUAAAAAAACUGAAGUUUGUAA